AUGGUAUCUGAUUAUAACUUAUUUUUCAUUGGAUUGGUGGAGUCAAAAAAGGAAUUUGUUAAUGAUUUUUUAAUAAGAAAGCUAUGGCCAAACUUAGAUUGUAAUUUUGAUUGGGUUGCUUCGAAUGGAGCAUCUGGCAGUCUUAUCAUUAUUUGGAAUACGGUUUUACUUCAUAAUGUUUCUAUUUGUAAGGGUGACAGGUGGAUCGCAAUGGAUUUCUUUCAUGAUAAUGCUUGGUUUCGGCACAUUCUUAUUUAUGCAAGCAAUCUAGCUUCAGAGAGACUCGGAGAUUUUAAUGAAACUUUGCUUCUUGAGGAAAGGUUAAAUGGUUCGGAUUUUUCAGCUUCGAUGUUGGCGUUCCGUGACUUUGUCAAUAACGCUGAAUUACUUGAUCUUCCUCUUCAAGGUCGUCUAUUUACAUGGCAUAACUCGUUCUCCAGAUCUCGUAUUGAUAGGUGCCUGAUAUCUAGUUUUGUGGGCUCUUAUUGGCCCAACAUGUCCUUGUCUGCGUUAUCUGGUGGCCAUUCUGAUCAUAUUCCCAUCCACUUUCGGGAAGAUAACAGAGUUGACUGGGGCCCUAAGCCUUUCCGUUCUAUGGACGCUUGGUGGGAACAUGAUGCUUUUCAGCCCUUUCUUACGGAAAGUUGGGUUGCAGUUUGCUGUAAUACUACAAAUCUUGUUCAACGAUCGAAAGAACUCCGCCAUAAGAUCAAGGUUUGGAAUAGCGAGGUGUUUGGCAAUCAAAAUAAGCUUAUAAGAGAGCUUUCGGACAAAAUCAGCAGGUGGUAUGUUGCUGCCGAUACUUCUUUGCUGACCGUGGAAGACAAAUCAGAGUUAGCUUCUCUAAAGGCUGAUCUCUGGAAAGCGGAGAAGAGAGUAGAGCUGCUUUGGAUUCAAAAAUCAAGGGUUAAAUGGUGUUUGGAAGGUGAUAGAAACACUAAAUUCUUUCACAGCACGGUUUCUGCUCACUUUCGAAAUAACCACAUUGCUUCCAUCUCUGUUGAUGAUAAUGUUUUUUCGGAGCCGACCGAUCUACGGUUCCAUAUCAGAGAUUUCUACAGUAACCUCUUUGACAAGAAAGGAGAAGUAAACUAUGACAUUACAAGUCUUGGUUUUGCUAAAAUUUCAGAGUUGCAGGCGCGAUCUCUUAUUAUUCAUUUUGAAGAAUCUGAAAUUCUAAGUGCCAUUCUUUCUUGUGGUAGCUCGAAAGCUUCGGGUCCUGAUGAUGCUAUCGAAAGCUUUAUCUCGAAGAUUAUCUCCGACUCUUUCUGCGUAGUUUCUGAUAGUCAAUAUGCUUUCCUGAAAAAUAGAAGUAUUUUGGAGUGCUCCAUGAUCGCGAAUGACCUUGUUCACCUGGCUACUAGGAGGAAAGAUAAACUUCUUAUCCUGAAACUUGAUUUUCAUAAAGCGUUUGACAGCAUUGAUUGGAAUUAUCUUUUGUCUGUUAUGCGCUGCAUGAAUUUUCCGGAUAAAUGGAUAGACUGUAUGUCUUGUUGUUUGUCGUCUGCGACUACGUCGGUGUUGGUUAAUGGUAGUCCUACUGACCCUAUUGCUCUUCGAAGAGGUGUUCGCCAGGCAGAUCCGAUAUCACCUUACUUAUUUGUUAUCGCAGCAGAGGGCCUAAAGCGUUUACUGGAAAAAUCUGCUGAGAAGGGAUAUACGCAGUGA